CAUUGUGGUGAUGAUCACGGGUCUGAAGACGUGAGCUCUCGUCUCGUCUUUGAGGAUUCUUGGCGCUGUUCUGCCCCUCUAAGUUUUUCAGGUUAGCGCGUUUGCAGCGACCUCUACUGACGCAUAGCACAUCGUGACCCCACUGCAUUGGUUUUCUGCUCUGCAUGCGUGCCCUUACUCGUGCCCCUCUCAAUCUUUUCAAUUCUUUCUCCCACUCUUUCAAUAGGCCGCGGGCGACUCAUUGCGCGUCCCUUCAAUUGACUCACCACCGAACAGUCACAUCCUCUACUUCAGUCGCAGCUUCCCCGCGUCCUAGCUUGCGCACCAAGCCUCUCCUACAUAUCAACCACUACCCACGCGCCUAUAAAAGUCGCGCAACGCUAGACGCCGGCACAACCCGUCGCUACUCUCGACAGACCGACGCUCGACCCUCCGCGCCUUUUGGCAGUCUCGACGCGCACGCAAUCAGCAUGGAGGCACUCACCAAGACACUCAAGGGCCUCGGCCUCGAGUCGGUUCCCCAGGAGCCAAACACAUACCCUGAGCUCAACCCCUUCGACAUCUACCGAAGCCACAUCACCGAGCUGCUCGCAGAAGCCUCUGGCGUCGACAAGAAGAUCAUAUACCCCACAUUGGCGUGGACUGCGAAGCCUGAAAACGGCGAUCUGCAGCUCGCUGUUCCUGCGCUGAGGCUUAAGGGCAAGGACCUGAAGGCGUACGCGCAGGAGUUGGCCGACAAGUUUCCCGAGAGUCCGCUCGUCAAGAAGCCUGUUGUCACCGGCACCUUCGUCGGCUUCUUCUUCAAGCCCGAGUCGCUCAUCUCAAUCGUGCUACCCUUGAUCUUCAAGGCCGGCAAGAGCUAUGGCUUCAACAGCAGCUUUGGCUUGAAGGAGGAUGGCUCGAAGAAGAAGAUGGUCAUCGAUUUCAGUUCGCCCAACAUCGCUAAGCCCUUCCACGCCGGUCACCUGCGAUCUACAAUCAUCGGUGGGUUCCUAUCGAACCUGUACGAGGGUAUGGGUUGGGAGGUUGUUCGUAUGAACUACCUCGGCGACUGGGGCAAGCAGUAUGGUGUGUUGGCUAUCGGGUUUGACUACUUUGGCUCUGAGGAGGAGCUCGUCAAGAACCCCAUUGGCCACUUGUACGACAUCUACGUCAAGGUCAGCAACAUUCAGAAGGACGAGGCGGACAGGGUCAAGGCGCUCAAGGCCGAAAUCGUUACAGAGAAGGAGGCGGGCAACGACACAGCGGCGAAGGAAGCGGAAAUCGCAAAGAUCGAGUCCGAAGGCAUUGACGAGAAGGCCAGGCAGUACUUCAAGGGUAUGGUCGACGGCGAGCCCAAGGCUAUUGGUAUCUGGAAGCGCUUCAGGGAACUGUCCAUCGAAAAGUACAAGCAGACAUAUGCCCGCCUCAACAUCCACUACGAUGUCUACAGCGGAGAGUCUCAGAUCAAGGACGAGAGCAUGGAUCUUGGUGUCAAGGUUAUGUGGGAGAAGAAGGUGUGCGAGGACUCCGAAGGCGCCGUCAUUGUCGACCUCACCAAGCACUCCAAGAAGCUCGGAAAGGCCGUCAUCAAGAAGAAGGACGGUACAUCACUCUACCUCACCCGUGAUGUCGGUGCCGCAUACGAGCGUAUGCAGACCUACCACCCUGACAAGCUGAUGUACGUCGUGGCCUCGCAACAAGACCUCCACCUCGCCCAACUCUUCAAGAUCGAAGAGCUUAUGGGCUGGAAAGACAUCUCGUCCAUCUCGCAGCACAUCAACUUCGGCAUGGUGCUCGGCAUGUCGACGCGCAAAGGCACCGCCAAGUUCCUCGACGACAUCCUGCGCGACGUCGGCGAGAAGAUGCACGAGGUCAUGCGCGGCAACCAGGCUAAGUACGAGCAGGUCGAGGACCCGGUCAAGACCUCCGACAUCCUCGGCAUCAGCGCCGUCAUGGUCCAGGACAUGAAGGGCAAGCGCGUCAAUAACUACAACUUCGAUAUGGACCGCAUGACGUCCUUUGAGGGCGACACAGGGCCGUACUUGCAGUAUGCGCACGCCCGCCUGUGCUCUAUCUACAGGAAGGCCGUGGACGCCGAUCCGUCGCUAGAGAAGCUGGACUUUGCGGCUGUCGAUUUUACGGAGCUGCAGGAGCCACAUGCCGUGGACCUCAUCCGCCAACUGGCGUCGUGGCCCGACACGUUCCUCAACACCUUCAAGACACAGGAGCCCACUACUGUGCUGACAUAUCUGUUCAAGAUGUCGCACGCGGUCAGCGCCAGCUACGAUCACCUGCAGGUCGUGUCAAGCGAGAAGAAGGUCAACGUGCCCCGACUGGCGCUGUACGUUGCCGCCAGGCAAGUGCUCAACAACGGCAUGAGGGCGCUUGGGCUCAGCCCGGUGGAGAGGAUGUAAAGUGGUGUAAUAGCAUCAGUUGGCUAACGAAAGUUUUGAAUGUUGGCGUGUGAGAAAAGAUACCACGAUGACUAGACAUCCAAAAGCAAACAUGAUCUCAAGUAAAAUUUUCCAACGAAGUCGCCAAUUUAU